UGUAUUCUACAAAGGGAUAUAUAGUCUUUACAUUCAGUUUCCAAUCCUUUUCACGUAAACCAAAAAAUGGAGAACCAAAAGCAACGCCAAGCUGCUUACUUGAGGAGAAGCCUCUUUGAUCAGGGAUACAUUGAUGACCAAUUUAUUCAUCUUGAAGAAUUGCAAGAUGAUGCAAACCCUAACUUUGUUGAAGAAGUUGUCAAUCUAUUUUACACAGAUUCAGCCAGAUUGAUUCGCAAUAUUGAACUUGCACUGGAAAAUGGACCUUAUGAUUUUACUAGACUGGAUAAUAUGAUGUACCAAUUCAAGGGUAGCAGCUCAAGCAUUGGUGCUAGAAGAGUAAAAAGACAAUGUUGUCAGUUCCAGGAAUACUGUAAUGCCAAAAAUAUAGAAGGGUGCAAAAACACAUUCCAAGGAGUGAAGCAAGAGUAUAAUACUCUAAAGACUAAGCUUGAGGCUUAUUUUCAGAUGGCAAGAGAAGGUUCCCAUUAUGUUUGAUGUCGAAAGCAGCAUCAGAUUCAAGCAGCUGAUAUAUCCAAAAUCCAAAUAUAUAUAAGGAUAUAUAUUGCUCCAUAGAAAUGAUAUAUAGAAUCUUCUUAUCAUGAAAUAAUAUACCAAUCAUGGCACUGAAAAAAUGUCAGCCAUUCUGUUGUAUAAAAUCUGUCACUACUUAUUAAUGCAAAGUUCGUAUUUUCAAUACUAAAGUUCUUAUAUGUGUAUGUAAAUACA